ACCAAGAACACGCCAUUUUUGUUCGUCAAGUUUGCUUCUAAUCUAUUUGUCCAUAAAUUUUACCCAUUUCGCAAUAGGAUGUUUCCAUGAAACAAUAGUUAAGCUUUACACCCCAGUAGUACAUCAGAUAGAAUUUAUUACAAUUUCCACGACUUGGUGGUGGUUCGAUUUCUUGUUGGAAUAUUAUGAACGACACAGUUUUGUCACUUCAACACUUGAUAAAACACUGGCAGCUUAGUUAAAUAUUAUUGCUAUUUUAUUGUCUUAACAACCAAUUGCAUGGAAUUCCUGAAACAAUAUUAGUACAGUUAUAUUUUCAGUAUGUCCAGUGUAUCUGAAUAAAUAAUCAAUUCAUACAGGUCAGAUCCCGCUGCACUAAUUUAUCGCUAUAGAAUGGAAAAUAAUGAUGUUAAAACAUUUCACCAGUGUGUUGUAUGUUCCCAAGUUUUUCAACAAUAUGAGGAGUUAGAAAAUCACAACAAAGUUCAUGUUAAAGAAGAGGAAACUGAUGACUAUGACGACGAAUGCCCUGUAUAUUUUGAAAAUACAACCGAUCAUGUUGACCCAAAUGUAAAUAGUAAUGAUGACAGUGUUGACAUGCACAAAGCAUUUCCAGUACAGUUCAAAAUGAACAAAAUUAAUAACAUUGACUGUUAUGAAAAUGGUCCAGACAAUGUUAAUUUAGAUACAAAUAGCGAUGACUGCAACAAAAAAUACCCAUUACAAUUUGACAAGAAGAAAAGUGAUAUUGAAACAUUCCACGAGUGUAAGAUUUGUCACAAAAAAUUUCUAUCGUCUUUUGAUUUAGAGAAGCAUGGUUCCAAACAUGUUCAGCCUAAGGAAGAGGAUGAGAUCAUACUAGAGAAGAUUUUUACCAAGACAAUGCAGAAUUCACUCUUCAAAAUGAUACGCGAUAUAGACCAAGAUAUCGAACCAAAAGCACCGAAAGGUCCUAAAACUUUUAAAUGCGAUGUUUGUGGUAAUUCAUUUAAGCAGUUUGGUCAUCUGGAGACACAUAAACGAACUCACACCGGUGAAAAACCCUUUGAGUGUGAUGUUUGUGGUAAGUCAUUUGCCAGGAGUAGCAAUCUUAAAGCACAUGUCACUAUCCACACUGGUGAGAAACCUUAUAAAUGUGAAAUUUGUGGUAGACCGUUUAACAAGGGCCACCAUUUAAAAGCACACAGGAAAUCGCACACCGGUGAAAAACCCUAUAAAUGUGAUGUUUGUAGUAAAUCAUUUAGUGAAAGCUGUACGCUGAAGAGACACAUGGGAACUCACACAGGUGAGAAGCCCUUUAAAUGUGGAGUUUGUGGAAAAUCUUUCAUAGACAAAGGUAAUUUGAUGAGACACAUGAGAACGCAUACAGGUGAAAAACCUUACAAGUGUGAAAUCUGUGGAAAAUCGUUCAAUCAGAGUGGAGAUUUACAGACUCAUAACAGAACGCAUACAGGUGAAAAACCCUUCGAUUGUCAUGUCUGUGGGAAAUCCUUCAACGAUAAAGGAAACCAUCUUAGACACAUGAGAACGCAUACAGGUGAAAAACCCUACAAGUGUAAUGUCUGUGGGAAAUCUUUCAUUGAACGGAGAAAUCAACAGAGACAUAGUAGAACUCACACCGGUGAGAGGCCAUAUAACUGUGAAGAGUGUGGCAAAUCAUUCAUAAGAAGUGACUAUUUACAGGAACACAUUAAAACUCAUUCUACGCAAAAACCCUUCAAAUGUGAUGUUUGUGAGAAAUUCUUCAGAGACAAGGGAAAUCUUCAGAGACACAUGAAAACACAUUCCGGGCAUAAAGCUUUUAAAUGUGGUGUUUGUGAUCGGUCGUUUAUGGAAGGCCGAAAUCUUCAGAGGCAUAUUCGAACUCAUACGGGUGAAAAGCCAUUUAGAUGUGAUGUUUGUGAUAAAUCAUUUACACGGAGUGAUAGUUUACAGGAACAUGCUAGAACGCAUAUAGGGUAUCAUUGUGAUGUUUGUGAUAAAUCAUUUACGCGGAGUGAUAGUUUACAGGAACAUGCUAGAACGCAUAUAGGGUAUCAUUGUGAUAUUUGUGAUAAAUCAUUUACGCGGAGUGAUAGUUUACAGGAACAUGCUAGAACACAUAUAGGGUAUCAUUGUGAUAUUUGUGGUAAAUCGUUCUUAAGAAAUGAUCAUUUACAAGACCAUGUGGAAACUCAUACACAGGAUAACAAUCUUAUAACCGAUGUUGAUAGUAUUAAAAAAGAACAUUGUGAUUAAGAGCUGGCAGUUCUCACUAUAAUAGUUAAAAAUUAGAUAAUGUAAAGGGAAUUUGCUGAAAAAUUUCAGUCAAUUUGAUUUACUCUGAACCCUGAAUUUAGCGAUUGAAUUGAUAAAAUACAUAGUCUCGAUUAUCCAUUUCUUGAUUUUAUCAUUAAUGAGCGUAGAGCAGCAGAUCGGAUCCUAAUCCAGUAAAUAUCGCAGGCUAGCGAUGACAUCGAGAGUUGAUUAAACUCUUUUCAUGUUAAUAUAUGUCUAAUUAAUAGUUUAUAUAACAUGUCAGGCCUAAGAAAAGACCUGCAAUAGGCAGAUUUACAUGUAGCUCUUGCAUAAUACCGUCUUCAUUAGCCCAGUUUAGGAGCAGAACAGUAGGACGUUAAACUCCAUUUCAUUUCAUUUCUUGCAUAAUGUAUGUUUAUUUAUUUUAGACUAGUACAAAUGAUAAAUAUUUUAGACUAUUAUUAAAAUAAAAUUGUUAAUGAACAAAUGAUAAAUAAUAUUUUAGACUAUUAUUAAAAAAAAAAUGUUAGUGAACAAAUAGUAAAUAUUUUAGUCUAUUAUUAAAAAAAAAUUGUUAGUGAACAAAUGAUAAAUAUUUUAGAAUUACAAUGAAAUUGUUAAUGAACAGGCUUAUGAUAUUUGGAUGUUUUCAUGUUAGACUGUACCACACACUUGCAGGUUCGCUCCUGGUGUUGGCUGAGAAAGUUCACCAGGAUUUUCAGGCGUGGUUUCCUCUUGUGAGGGGUGCAGGACAUUAAAGAUCCAUUGGCAGUUGGAAUUCGAUAUAAGAGUAGGCCAUUGUACACUGUAUGGUGUACAGUAUGCCUGUCUUCAUAAGCCCAGUCAGAGCAGACCAGUAGGACGUUAAACCCCAUUUCAUUUAGUGACAUCUGAAAGUUAUUAUUUCUGGUAAAUAUAAGUUGUUUGUAGCUUUAUUACAUGUACAUGUACAUGAGCAAAGUGGCAUGCACAUGUCAGGGCUGCCGACAACCAGUAUCGCAGUGCAAUUUGCGAUAUAUAUUUUGUCCGUUGCUAAUCAAAAAUUAAAUUCUAACGUUUUUGAUUCGCAGUAACUGCGAAUCAUUAACAUGCCUGUCAUUUUGGAUAUUGACACAAAGAUUUAUCCACAUUUCUCAACACUUUCAACAUAUAUAAAACAUGAAAUAAAUUUUAUAAACAAAACGGAAUUCUCCGUGUGACGUUUUCUUCUCAAAUUACCCAGACUUAAUUCAUUAUACUAUAUAAUACAGGGACAUAACUAUUAAACCAGAAAUAGUGAAUCAAGUAGUACCACUCGCGUUGUGAGACAUGUCAUUUUCGAGUAAUUAUAUCAGUAUUCAAUUUGAAAAAAAUAAAUUCAGUGUUUCCUCCACGUAUUGUAAAUAAAAUACAAAAGAUAAAUAUGUGUAAACGUAUUGUAAAAUGAGAAAUCAAAGUAAGAAUUCCUGUAAAAUAUUAUUGUUUAUAUCGCGUGCGUCUAGUUAAUCGAGAUUAUUCGUAAAAUACUGUGUGCUUCCGAUUUAACAAAAAUAAUAACACAUGAUAAAAAGCAGACGAAAUUGGCUUCAGACAUACAUGUAAGGCCUAACCAAAAGUCUACAUUCAGAAAUGUGCACAGCUACCAGUAGCAGUGCUAAAAUUCUUAGAAAUCUAAUCAUUUGUUAUAAAUUAAAAUAAUCUUGUUAUUUAGGUCAUUUAUGUUGAAACUGAAAUACUACUAAUCAAUUUUUAAAUUUGCUAAUCAAAUUUGACAAAAUUGGACUUUUUGAUUAGCAGUGCUGCUAAUCAAUAAUCAUCUGUGAAAAAUUACCGACAGCCCGGAUAUUGUAUGUUAUAUAGAUUUAUUCUUGGUUAACGCAUGCAUGAUUCAAUAUAAGGUCUGUCAUUGAGUCAGUAGACGUGGCUUAGCUUCCCCGCUUGUACAUGACAAGGAGUAGGGUCGUCUGUAAAACCUUGUGGACACAGACCUUGUGGAGGGUAAACCCCAUCUCUCUCUCUCUCUCUCUCUCUCUCUCUCUCUCUCUCUGUAUGAUGAAUUAACUGUAUGUAAAUCUUAUCUUUAUUAUUACUUGUAUGUUACGCACGUAGUUAUACAUACAGUAUACACGUAUAAUAGUUAAAUAAAAAUAUAUAUUCCUGA